AUGGCCGACAAACCCUCCAUCUACGUUGACGAGGAGAAGGGCCUCGACGCCGAAUCCGCCACCGGCACCGAGCAGUCCCCCUACAAGUCUGUCCAGCACGCUUUCCUCCAACAUGGCGACAGCGCCCAAUACCAAGUCCGCAAGAGCGCCGAAGAGCCCGAAUGGAAGCCCGCCGCAAAGGCCGCCCUGAAGAAGGCCGCCAACUACGCCGACGCCCAGAAGAAGAAGGCCGCAAAGGAGAAGGAUCUCGCCAUCCGUCUGCAAAAGGAGGAAGAGGGUCGCCAGAAGGUGCUUGACGAGGCCAAGAAGAUCGAGGUCAAGGAGGAUACUUCCCUGCCCGAGGCCAAGAAGAUGAAGCUCGAUAACAAGGACGUCCAGCUGCGUGGUGCCGGCACCGACAAGGGCUCGCGCGUCCGUGUCUUCGGUCGUGUCCACCGCUACCGCCAGCAGAAAGGUCUCGUCUUCAUCACCCUCCGUGAUGGCUACGGCUUCAUGCAGUGCAUUCUCCAGGGCGAUCUCGCAAAGUCCUACGAUGCCAUCACCCUCCAGCGUGAGAGCAGCAUGGAGAUUGUCGGUGAACUCGCCCAGGUCCCCGAGGGCGCCCACGCUCCUGACAACCGCGAACUCCACGCCGACUACUUCAAGGUCCUCUUCAAGGCUCCCGGUGGUGACGACGCCAUCACCAACAAGGUCCAAGCCAAGGGUGAUGCUCAGACUCUUCUCGACCUCCGCCAUCUGACCCUCCGUGGUGAGGUCGCUUCCAACGUCAUGUUCGUCCGCGACGCUGUCGAGUUCGCUUUCCACCAGGUCUACCGCGAGGUCCGCUGCCGCAAGGUCUCUCCUCCCGCACUUGUCCAGACCCAGGUCGAAGGCGGUGCUACCCUGUUCAAGUUCGACUACUACGGCGAGCAAGCUUUCCUCACUCAGUCUUCGCAACUCUACCUCGAGACUGUCCUACCCUCCAUGGGCGACGUCUACUGCAUUGAGAAGUCUUUCCGCGCCGAGAAGUCUCUCACCCGCCGCCAUCUUUCCGAGUACACACACGUCGAAGCCGAACUCGACUACAUCACCUUCGACGACCUGCUCGUCCACCUGGAAGAGGUCAUGUGCCGUGUCAUUGAGAUCACCAUGAGCGACCCUAAGAUUGCCGCCAUCAUCAAGGAGCUCAACCCCGAAUUCCAGAUGCCUCAACGCCCCUUCAUGCGCAUGAAGUACUCGGAAGCCAUCGACUGGCUGGUAGAACACAACAUUCCCAACGAGGAGGACCAACCCCACAAGUUCGGUGAUGAUAUCGCUGAAGCUGCCGAGCGCCGCAUGACCGACAUCAUCAACCGCCCCAUCUUCCUGACUCACUUCCCCGUCGAGAUCAAGGCAUUCUACAUGCAAAAGGACAAGGAAGACCGUCGCGUCACCGAGUCUGUUGACUGCUUGAUGCCCGGUGUCGGAGAGAUUGUUGGUGGAAGUAUGAGAAUGGACGACUACGAUGAGUUGAUGGCCGCCUAUGAGCGCGAGGGUAUUGAUCCCAAGCCUUACUACUGGUACACCGACCAACGCAGAUACGGAUCUUCUCCCCAUGGUGGUUACGGUCUUGGUCUCGAGCGUUUCCUGGCUUGGUUGUGCAAGCAGCACACUGUUCGUGACUGCUGUCUCUACCCUCGCUACAUGGGCCGUUGCACUCCUUAGUUGGCUUUCUUCUCGAUCAGCUCACCAAAAAGUGCUGCUUCCAUGACUCUUUACUCAUUUCUGGUGUUGACUGAUUUCAUGGCUGGAUGGGCAUAAGGAGUAGAGUUUGCGAAAAAGCGAAAUGUUACACGAAUGUUCAGAG